AUGGUCUCGAUGUCUGUCGUUCCAUACAUAUUCUCCCUGGCCUUGAUUGUCCUUGUUGAUGCUGCUGGAUAUGCUGACCGCGACCCGCAAACGCCAUCCUGCCAAGGUUUCGAUGUUAUCUCAAACGGAACCCAACCUUUGCCCUCUCAAAACCUGAUCAUAUCUACAGGAGUCGUCUGCGAUCAAAGUCCUGGAAAUUUUACUCCUUGCGAAGUCCUAAAUGGCAGCUUCCCAACUACGUAUGACAUCAUCAUGUACCCUAAUGGCUCUAGAGUCCCCGACGACUAUGCAGUUGGCUAUGGCCUCUGCAAUGCUACAGGUGACUUCGGCACUCUGUGGGGAGAGGGUUACAGAGCUGUAGAGAAUCAGACAGUGACAUUCAAGAACGGCACAAGUGGAUAUGUAAUAUACACUCCGGUAUACCGUUGCAUCAUCGGGCGUGUACAGGGCUGUCCAUUCGCUGCCUCAAUCGCGAAUGAUACAAAAGUCAGCGCAUGCUACCCUGAGAACACGGACAGGUCUGUUUCCAUCGAAACUGCUCCUGGUCACGUCAGAAACAUUCCCAUUCUUGCUGGUUCACGAUCAAUCAAUGAGACCAGUGCAGAACUCGCUGCAAAGCUCACGCAGAUACCAAAUAACGACCCGCCACACGGCGGUCCUUCUGUUGGUGCGGGAACCGGAUUGAGCUCAGCUAGGAUAGGUCUCGGGGCACUUUGA